GGUGGAUUGGAUUUGUAAUUUCACACCUUCAAAUCAUGAAAUCUGAACCUGGUAACCAUGAUCCUGCCAACUACACUGUUCAAUCCCUGAAUUCUAAAGAAAUUAGAAUUGAUGUUCAGGAAAAUAAUGUCAGGAAGAUGAGCUAUGCUGAAUUUUUAGCCAGUUUAAAAAGUGGUUUAUGCGUUGAUGGCAUGUGUAAUUCAGACGCCAAUAUCCAAAAUAAAUUCGACUAUUCGCUGAAUAAAUCCAUCGAUAUUCAUGUGAAAGCAAAUGAACAUGCUUGUAAUACUGGGGUCUCUACUGCUGAAGAUUUUUCAAACACAGUUCCUUUGUGUAAUCCAAAAGUCGAGUUUUUAUAUAUUCAAAGUUCUGAAGACAGCCUAAUUGGUGUGCCUGAUAUAAUGACAGAAGCAUUAGGCUUCUCAGAACCCAAUAUUCAGAAGUCUUAUUUUUCUGGGUUUAGUCAAUCUCCAAGUCAGACAGAACAAAAAUUGGCUGACUUUUAUCUGUCGAAAAUUAUUGAUUCUGAUAUAUGUCUUAGGAAGAUUGUGGAUGAUCAUCCAAACUUUCCGAUUUUGGAAUGUUUUCGAGAAUUUCAGUCUUCCACCACUGGUUGCACUAGCUCAACGCGAAUUCCAUCAGCUUCAAAUGAGUCAUUACUGUGGGUAGACAAGUACAUGCCGUCAAGUUGCUCUUCUUUUUUAAACACUUGUUCUGGUAUAAUGAAACUUCUUAUGUGGUUGAAGAAAUGGAAGUAUAAAAAUUCUAAAGUUGAAAACUCAACGGAGCCUUCAUUGAGUAAGAAUAAAACUACAAAGUCUACAAAAAAAAGGAUUCGACCAAGCCCUCGUUAUUCUAGUGACGACGACUUUGUUGUAAAGUCACCGGCACAUAAACGCCAUAAAUAUAACGUUCCUAUUCCUGGUUCAGUUGAAAACAUUAAUGAGAAUCCAACCUUAAAUUUACCCAUUGGAUACAUUCAAAAUCAAAUAGAUGUCUCUAGCUCCAGCAGCUCAGAUGAAGAUAAUUCAACUGAAAGUGAUGAAGAACAUAAUGGUAAUCCUAACAAAAGACGUCUUCGAGAAAAUUGGCAGUCCAAGGCUUUCCUGUUAGUAGGACCUCAUGGAACAGGAAAAUCUGCAUUAAUUUAUGCACUGGCUAAAGAUUUAGGCUUUAAAAUAUUCGAAUUAAACCCUUCAAGUAGACGGUCCGGUAAAGAUAUCAUAUCUCAGUUCCAUACUGCACUUGGAUCACACCAUGUUGCUAAAGAUUAUCUAUCCACUAGUUUUAGUACAUUCCAAAUGAUAACAUCAUCUUGUCUUACUAAAAAUAAUUCAGAAACGACCCGCAAGUCUGCAGCCGAUUUCUUCAAACCAGUACCUAGAAAGAAUGUUUCAUCCAAGAAAAAUACUUCUUCCACUAAAGAUUCUGAAAGCUUAAAUUUAAAUUGCAACUCGAUAGUACUAUUUGAUGAAGUGGAUGUACUUUUUGAAAGUGAUCGAGGCUUUUGGUCUGGUCUAAGUAGCUUACUUCAACUUGCUCGUCGUCCAGUUAUACUUACCGCUUCAGAUUCUUCUAUAGUUCACAAUCUGCCAGUCCCGGCUUAUAUUUGUCAUUUUACAUCAGCCUCAUUGGAAUUAGUUGUCCCAUACAUUCGCGUCCUAUGUUUAAAUGAAGGAUAUAAUUUAGAUGUACAAACUGCAAAUUCAUUAAUUAAAAGUAUUCAAUCUCCUAAUUUAACUGUUAAUAAGCUGUCUUCUGAACAUUGUGACCUGCGGAGACUUAUUAAUGAGCUACAAUGGUUUUGUAUCAGUGCUCCUCACGAGGAGACAAACAAAAAAUAUCAUAUAAAAAAUGAAAAUUCAUUGAUUUUAAAUGAAUUUAUCGACGAUCCUUUAAAUUUGGUUCAGAAAAUCUCUCCUUCCCUUUGCAAUUUGUCUGGACAUAUUGUCAAUCCUAAACCAUCAGUAAAUUCUAAACAUGUUAUUGAAAAUGAUCUGUGCAAUCUAUUCACUACAGAUGCUGAAAAUGUUUCUGACCAAGUAGCUGAUAAAACUACUACUAUUGAAACUGUCAAAGAAAAUGUUAUUGAGACAAACUGUCAAGACAGCAUGGAAAACAACCGAAGAAACUCGCUACUAAUCGAUUUCAGUCUAGACUUUUUAAAAGAGAUGAGUGAUAACCUUUCCUUUUGGGAUAUAUGUCAGUCGGGUGUAACCCGAGCAUCCUUAUUGUCAGUUACUGACUCAAUAAGCCAGAUAAUUGAGAUAAAAUCUGAUUCAAAUAAUAAUGUUAGCAACAACUCACCAUCCAAUACAAAUCCAUCUGUCAACGUAACUUCAGAAAGCUCUUUGUAUACAAUGUCUACAAAACGUGCUAUAAAUGUACCUACUCAGCACUGGGGACCGAUUUGUGCAUUUGAUAUUAUUAAUGAUGAAUUCUUUAAUGUAUUUUGGAUACAAAUCCUGUUAAAUCAAUGUCGAACUAAUCUGGAAGAGGCUGAGAGUAAACUAACUACUAGCAGUUAUUCUUAUUCAAAUGGUUCUGUAAAAACAUACACGCUUUUAAAAUCAUGCGAUUUUCUUUCAUUGUCAAAAUGUGUCAAUGAUUUGAAUCGUUGUGGAAUCGGUACCAAUUGUCAUGAUCAUUUAAAAACAUUGGCUUGUGACUAUUUACCAGUCUUGCGUUUAUUAGCUUCUGGUGAGAAUUCCAGACAAAUAGUUUCCACUAAAAGACGGUUUUUACAUUAUUUUGACCGAAUAUCAUUGUUCCUUCGUUCAUCCACUAAAGAAUUUUUAACUAAAUCAUAUUUUCUUUGA